AAAUUGUUCAUUAAUGGCGAAAACAGAGCAAAGAAGAAAAAAUGCCGGAAAAUUUGUUGACCCAAGUCGGAGUACCUCAACAGAAGCUUUACAAUGGAGUUCCUUUUCCAGCUGUGUUAUCUCCAAACUCUAAUCAACCUAUAUCCCAACUUCCUCAGAUAAUCAAAGAACAAAAAACAUGGGUUGGGUCUCUUCUCCAUCAAUCUGGGGCUAUUCUUUUCAGGGGAUUUCCGGUGAACUCAGCAUCAGACUUUAAUGACGUCGUUGAAGCUUUCGGCUACGAGGAACUGCCGUACGUCGGCGGUGCUGCUCCUCGCACUAGUGUUGUUGGUCGUGUCUUCACUGCUAAUGAAUCGCCACCUGAUCAAAAAAUUCCAUUUCAUCAUGAAAUGGCUCAGGUUCCCGAGUAUCCGUCAAAGUUGUUCUUCUUUUGUGAUGUGGAACCUGGAAGUGGGGGAGAGACUCCAAUAGUUGUAAGUAAUGUUGUAUAUGAGAAGAUGAAGAAUAAGUAUCCUGAGUUUGUUGAGCGAUUGGAAGAGCAUGGCUUAAUCUAUAUAAGGGUAUUAGGGGAAGAUGAUGAUCCUUCUUCCCCGAUUGGUCGAGGCUGGAAGUCUACAUUUUUAACCAAAGAUAAGAGUGUUGCUGAAGAAAGGGCUGCCAAGUUAGGGAUGAAGCUGGAAUGGCUAGAAGAUGGUGUUAAAACCGUCAUGGGACCUAUACCAGGCAUCAAAUUCAACGAAGAAAGGCAGCAGAAAAUAUGGUUCAAUAGCAUGGUAGCUGCUUAUACUGGAUGGAAAGAUGCUAAAAACGAUCCUGUGAAAGCAGUCACUUUUGGAGAUGGUCAGCCUUUGCCUGCUGAAGUUGUACAUGAUUGUUUAAGCAUCCUUGAGGAUGAAAGUGUCGCGAUUCCAUGGAAGAAAGGCGAUGUCUUGCUGAUUGACAAUUUGGCUGUUCUUCACUCCAGAAAAUCGUUCAACCCACCUCGUCGUGUGUUAGCUUCACUCUGCAAGUAAAAGCAAUGACAAAGAAUAUAGGCCUGUUUGAAGUUUGUAAUAGUUUGUCUUCUAUUUGAUCCUCUCUUAUGGCAGACAUUGAAGAACUUAAUUCUCUGUCCUUUGAUGUUAUCAUUUUAUGGUAAUCAUGAUGGAAGUUUUACUAGUUUUGUUAUCUUUUA